UCCUCCAAACGAGUCUUCCAUUUAAACAGGUGCUUCUCUUUGUAAGUGACUCAAUUUGAUGAAAACCUAACCGGCUUCGAUGUUGAUACAUUGCAUGUGGAGUUAUGGGAACAAUCAACUACUGUUUUAGAAUGCUAAUUCGAAACCCAUUGGACCUAAUCGAAGAUCGUGAACCCUGCAAAUUGCUGAUAGUAGCUCAAGAGUCUCACCAACAUGGAUGUCACAUUGAGGGGUAAUCCAUUUUGUCUUAGCUAAGAUGAAUUGACCCUUCUCGUCUCUAAUGCACAUUCAAUACCAAUCUUAUUACUUUGAGAGGGGAAUGAAGCAUCAAUGUUACAUUUGACUCUACCAUAUAGAGGUGCCUUCCACAUUGUGAUUGGUUUGUUUGGACCCUCUUAUUAGCUAGUAAUUUGUUCAUAUAAUCAGAGGCACGAGAACAAACGAUAUAUAGUUCGACUGUCUAGCACAUUGUUUCAACAUAUUUAUUGUUAUGUUGCUUUCAAAUACUCUAGAUGAUAGAAACAAACUGGCGAGAUUCCUAUUUAGACAAUUGUUGCAAGAUUAAAAAUAUAAUGUUAGAUUCCUUAUUUUGUUGAGCUGCUGUGUCCUGGAUGAUUUGAAAGAAGGUGCUCCUUUGCCAUAUGCUCAGGUUGAUGACACAUUUGAGGAAUAAGUGAACACACAAGUGGUAGGGCAGUCACCCCUUUUGUUGAAGUGGCAUUAUGGCAGGGAAGCACCUCUUGCAAAUGCAUCAAAGUAGGUUCUUAAUUUUGGGUGCAACAUGCAGACGCCAGAUUAAAUGCCACUGCCCUCGGUUACUAAGUCUCAAGGUUUGAGAGAUAGCUAAGCACGCAUGCCUUUGACUGACAGUUUUCAUUUGCUUAGAUGUUUGCAAUAACAAUAAUCAUGGUAGUGGUAAAUAAUCAUGGUUGUUGAAUUUUACAGCCUCUAUAUAUUUAGGACCCAAUUUUGUAACUUUGUGCAAUCCUUUGGCCUCUUAAUUUCAUUGUGCUGAAGCUUAAACUUAAGCUUAUCCUCCCCAGUUCUCUUCUUGUGGUUUAAUUUGGUGCCAAUGGGACCUGGAGGACCUGGCCCUGGUGGUGGUGGACCCGGUUGGGGCCCUGGGCCUGGCGGACCUGGAUGGAACCCUGGGCCUGGUGGACCUGGUUGGAGUCCUCUGCCUUCUGGACCUGGUUGGGGUCCACCUGGGGGCUUCUUUGGUGGAUGUGCUAAUGGUUUAUGCAGCCUGGUAUCUUCAUGCUUCUACUGCCUAUGCUGUUGCUGGUUGGUACGAGAUUGCUUUGGGGGUCCACCACCAGGAGGUCCUCCAUAUUCUUUCUAGUUCUAGUGCCAGGAAGGAUUAGUAUUAUAAGUUUGUUGCCUGCUACUAACCUGGAUCAUCAUUAAAGUUGAAGCUUUCCUACAUAUAUUGGUGCUUGUGCUAUGUGUGUGAUGAGAUAACCAAAACAUAAAUUAAAUAAAUUGCUAGUAUUUGUGUUAUCUGUCUUUCAUUCUAGCUUGUAUGAGUUUUUUUCACUUUUGUGAGGGGAAAGUACAAACCACCUCUUUGAUUUGGAUGGAAACUACAUAGACAUCGAUAUCAUGAUUUUUAUUAAAUGAUGAUGAUACACCCAUCUGCCAUUUAA